GCCUCUGAGCCCCUCAGUAGUCGCCCACCAGCGUUCAGAGGUGGAUCUCGCGGUCCUCCGGUUUGCUUCAUAUUUUCAUCACGUCGAGCAGCGAGCAGCCUUGAGCGCGUCAUGGCAUCCGUGUGCAUCAUCGGUUCCGGCAAUUGGGGAUCGGCUAUCGCGAAGAUAGUCGGCGCGAACGCGAAGACGCUGGACAAAUUUGCCGACCGCGUUACGAUGUACGUUUACGAAGAGAUUAUCGACGGAAAAAAGCUGACGGAAAUCAUCAACCAGACCCACGAGAACAUCAAAUAUCUUCCUGGGCACAAAAUUCCUGAGAAUGUGGUCGCGAUACCCGACGUGAUGGAAGCUGCGAAGGACGCGGAUAUACUUAUCUUCGUAGUGCCGCAUCAGUUCAUCCGAAGGAUAUGCAGCACGUUACAGGGGAAGAUCAAAUCCACCGCCGUUGGCCUUUCUCUGAUCAAAGGCUUCGACAAAAAAGAAGGGGGCGGCAUCGAGCUUAUCUCUCACAUAAUUUCGAGGGAAUUGCAGAUUCCUGUCUCGGUCUUGAUGGGCGCUAAUUUGGCUUCCGAGGUGGCCGAGGAGAUGUUCUGCGAGACCACCAUUGGUUGCAAGGACAAAGCGAUGGCGCCGAUACUCCGUGACCUGAUUCAAGCUUCGUACUUUAGGGUGGUAGUUGUCGAGGACGUAGAUUCCGUGGAAUGCUGCGGUGCGCUCAAGAACAUAGUUGCCUGCGGCGCUGGUUUCGUCGACGGACUGGGUUUAGGUGAUAAUACAAAAGCUGCGGUAAUCAGACUAGGCCUUAUGGAAAUGAUAAGGUUCGUCGACGUGUUUUUCCCCGGCGGAAAAUUGGCAACCUUCUUCGAAAGUUGCGGCGUGGCAGAUCUGAUUACGACGUGUUACGGUGGACGCAAUAGAAAAGUCUCGGAAGCCUUUGUCAAGACCGGCAAAACGAUCGAAACGCUGGAGAAAGAAAUGCUGAACGGGCAGAAACUACAGGGCCCAUUCACCGCCGAGGAGGUGAACUACAUGCUGAAGUCGAGGAAUAUGGAAAAUAGGUUCCCACUAUUCACGGCGAUUCACCAGAUUUGCGUCGGUGAACUAAAACCGACGGAUUUAAUCGACUGCAUACGCAGCCAUCCGGAACACAUGAACGGAGACGCCUCGUCGACAACGCGGAAGUCGCCCAAAAGCCACCUGUGAAGUAACAAGCCGGUGUUGACCAUCGACAGAAGACUCGUCGCCGCUUGAAAGUCAGCGUCAUAAUUCGCUCGAAAGCGCGACGUUGAGAGAGAGAAAUUUAUAUCGAACUCGGCUGUCGAGCCGUAGUGAAUGUUAAUUGGCGAAAAUUGGCUUUUGGCAGAACGCCGUUAAUCGGCAUUCUGCCGAUGUAUUUCCAAUUACGACACUUGUCUUGUUAUGCUCUUCUUGUGUAUUAUCAUAUCUAGGAAAAUGUUAUUUACUCAGAUGAGCUCGUUCUUACGUCAAGAAACUUAAAGUCGUAUCGACGUAACGUAACGAACAAAAUGAACAAAUGUGAAAGGCUCAUCAAGAUGAUCGCUGCACCCUAAGGAUGCUCGAUACAGCUGUGAUAGUUAAUAGACUGUCCAGGUCGUGAAAUGAACAACUUCGUCGUUUUUGAUUACCGAUAACUGUAAUGUACCUGCAUAUGUGGCAGCAUUUUAUUUAUAUUUUAAUAUGGCUAAGAAUCUUUUUUAUCAGUAGUUAAAUUUUUAAGGAGAAAUCGUGGGAUCUGAGAAAAUAUCUGGACGUUCUUCUGCAAAGAGUCGUCCCGUAUUUUAGCGUAAGAGUACGAAUAGUGUAAAGCGUCUGUUAUAUGUAAUUAAGAUUACUGUAUCUGUAAUCGGAAAGUAUUUUGGCAAAAGAAGAUGUGAGAUGAUGAA